CAUGUGAUGAUGCAUCAGCUGGCAUCUGUGAAGACCUCGAUGACCCCGGUGAAAGCCUUAUCUAUAGUUGAAGACGGCGAGAUCCAUCCCAGAUCCUAUAUCGUGUAUCCCAUGUUCCUCCCUCUGACCUUGUGCUUAGAUCUCACUCCAUGUAUUCCAGAUUUCGAUGAUAGGAGCCGAGCUCUCCCAUUGGGAUUUAGGCAGAAACCCAUCGUACCCCAUCGCUUCAUUCGCCCUGAGGGGACAGCCUAAGUUGCCCCCCACCCGCCGCCACCAUGGAGAUGAGCGCUGUCACGAGCAAUCGAAAAUGGGCAGCGCGGCGAACCUUGCGGUACUUCCCAAGUUAGUUAAAAUUAGAGUCCCAGAUUCUCGUUCUGUGAAAGAGGGGGGUAAGGGCUCAGCGUAUUCAUCGACGACGGGGUUGCCGCGCCGUUGCGUCAGCAAAGAUCGUGUAAUUGGUAAGGGACUGCGCUCGCUCAGCUACGUGAUUGGUCGCGCGCGUAUAGCGGGCUCUAGCUUUCUUGGUGCUCGAAGUGGCACUUACCCAAGCAUGCAAGCGAUGGAGUUUUGGUUCGUAUGUUCCUUAGGCACCGGCGGCUUCUUGUUACGUGAAGCCAGGUCUUGAUCAGUAUGGUAGCGCCAGAGUUGGAGAGUUGUUCAGGACUUGAACCUUGGCAUCGUCGAUACCAGAUUCCGGCGGAAAAGGCCCCGCAGGAUUAGCCCCGUAUGACCACCCCCUGC